AUGCGUCCGACUCUUGAGCAGAUAGCAGGAUACAUCCCGUUUACUUCGAAGCUAUGGCUGUUCUGGGAACGCGUUACCUUGUCGUGGAUCACGACGAUUUACUUCAUCUUCUCCAUCCUUCACUUCUCCGUCCAACUCGGCCUGCAGAGCCAAGCAUUCGUGAUCAAUGCUCAAGCAGCGCAUUUCUUGACCGAGCUCAUUGAUCUGGGAAAUGCAACCCAGUCAGGGUUCACUGUCUACGAUGGCUCGCUACACAUGUGCGAGAGCGCUCCCAUGUCCAUUUCCGCAAGCUCGUGCGAGACCCUCUGGGAUCCCGAUUCGGAUUCUGCUAGCAAUUCCACCGAUCUUAGCAUGGCGGGCAAUACGUCGAGCUUGUUAUCAUCUGCUUUGUCUAGUACAGCCACAUCCGCUGUGCUGGUGUCCAGCGUCGUUGCGUCGUCCCCUACAUUGUCGAGCAGCGUCAUUUCUUCAAUUUCUUCCGUGCAUUCUAGCACUUCUCUUUCCACCGGCACUCAAGUGACUCCCUCAAAACCCAGCAGCUCUAGCAAGCUCAGCGUGACAACGUCCAUUUCAGAGGUUGCAGAUGUGCACACAUUGACACGUACUAUGACUGUGACUGUGAAGCCCACUGCAACGGAGACCGUCGCUGAGCCUGACAGCAAUGGAGACAAGGAUUUUGUUCAGGAUGCCGACGGAGACACUGACACUGGACAGGCUCUGACAACCUACAUGCAGCAUCUUACUCGGCGCGGCUUUCCAGCGAUACAGAUCAUGAAGAAACAUGAUAAGGAACCUGAAGCGGUGCUCAAUGGCGACGGAUUCGACAAUGUCACACUGGAUUAUACCUGUCUAACAGUGUUGAACUGGCCAGUUUCUCAGUUGGACAACACGAAGCGCGAAGAUAUCGCCUUCAUCAUGUUCCAGUUCUGGCUUCUUGGCAUGUCUCUUGUUGCUUUGUUGAAUGAAUCCAUUCCGCACAUUAUCGCAUCGCUCCUUACCCACAUAGGUGCUACGGCAUGGGGUGGCAUUCAAAUCUACGACACCGCCCAGUUCCACGACGAUUUCACUACUCUUACCACGAAUGGAGCAUGCGGUGCGAAUCUGCUGCCUACUUACUGGCAAGCGCGAUCAGACGCGGAGAUCCCUAGCUUGGUUCUCAACGCUGCUGCCUUAGUGCUAUCAUCCGUUCUUUCCUGGAGGCUAAUCAAAGCAUUUGGCUGGCAAACGUUCAAACGCGUGGGAGCCUCGCGAACCAUUAAUCGCUUAUACAACAUUGUCCUUCUGCUUUCUAUUUCCAUCCAAGUAGCUUUGUUCUUCAUCGCUUUGAUGGCUGGUCUUUGGCUCGAUCAGCUCAUCAACGGAUAUAUUGGACGCCUGACCAAGGAUCCCGCGCCUUUCAAAGCUGUUGACAUCAUUGUCCUGAUCGGCUGGAUCUCUGUUCGACGGGAACACAAGAAAGCCAUGACGGCUUUCCUGUUCUUGGCCGUUGUAUACCUUGCUGCAUGGGCAUCUAUGUUCAUCGCACCGACGUUCAGGUGGACAUUCACGCAGUGGCGGUUCUUCAGUGUGAUGGCCUCGGCCUCCUUGGUCAUCUCUUUAGUGACGUUGAUCCUCGGAGUAUGUUGUCGCGUCAACUUCGGCAAAGGUUUGCCGCGUUACCUCAACGCGCAAGAACCAAUCUCUGACGAUGACUUCCUCCCAACGGCUGUCGAGACCAAAGGAUCUGAGGACGUGGAGAAGGCCCAUUUCCCAUCGGACGGGCUCCCAAUCCCUACAUACCUAGUUUCUGCUGCUCCACCAUCGCCAUUGGCGUCCCCGGUGGAUCCACAGUUUGCACCCAGACGCUUGGGCCCGCGAUUCUUUAAUCCCUCACUCCAACCGUUCGAACCGCAGCCGGAUACCCCUCCCGUUUACGGUACGCGUCUAGAUGCGUCCGCCCUGUCCUCUCGCACUGCUGUCUCCGAUACCCGCUCCUUCAAACGGCCCGAGUCUGUUAUGAGUGAUGAUAGCAGCACUCAGUCGAAGCGAUGGGUAAUUGAAUGA